GGCGAUUGUAGCGAAGAUUUGGACCCAGUGAUUUCGAAACGUGUUUUUCGAAUUCAGGGUACGAUCAGUGCCAAUAACUAUGUCGAAGUACCGAAGAGUACCCGGGGCGCACCGGCGAAGUUAUGAAGCAAAUAUCAAUCUUUAGUACACCUUAGAAGAAUUUUCGUAACUGUUUUACGUACUGUAGACUUCGGGGGGAAGUCAUGAACUUCUUAUUCCACAUAUUGUGUAUAACCUUUCUUAGAUAACUACAAUAUAUAAGGAGUUGCAGUUGCAACAUUUUUUUGGCCACACAACUUCACUAGCUCUAACAAAGAGCCUCGGUCUCACGGGCGAAUACAUCUACAUCCAGCUGCGGUCGAUCGGAAGCAAGUUUUUCCACGUACAAAAGAGAACCUAGUCUGAGUCGUUUUUACUAACCGGACAAAGGUGGAUCUUGGAACUGAGAAGAUCGAUGUCUUUUUUCAAAUGUAAAGAGAUGGAUCUACUGCGAAGUAUCCUAUGGACAACAGGUACACUUGGACUUCAGCGUCGCCGACCGUAAUAUGUUGGAACGGAUAUCACUCACGAACAUGCAAUCGGAGCCCAAAGCGCAGAGCCGCGUCAUCCUGUAUCCGCUCCAGCUACCGAGUGAUGAGUGGGCAACAGUAGGGCUAUUAGUUACCACUUGGUUUUGAUUCUUUUCCCGUCGAAGCAAGCAAGAGCGAGUAGCUUGAUACUCCAGUCAUGGAUUUGCUCGCCUCGAACAAGACCCAUCUAUCUGCUCAGUCAAUUGAUACAUAGGUCUGUGUGCAUGUUCCGCAGAUUUUGCGGCUAUUUUCCCGGACAAUGCCACACGCACACGUUUUGAAAGGCGUGCAGGUUUGCGCGUCGUGUGUAGUUCGCAACAUCUACACAUCCGAUCUCCGUUUUUCCAGUCAUAGCGAGCUUCCUCGCGAGCUGAAGCUCACUCAGAAGGUAUAUGGUUUUUAUGUGGCUUUUUUGCAUUGCAUGGGUUCGUAGGGUGAACUGCUUUGAUUCUCAAUAGUUGCUUGCUAAGCUGCUUUUCUGCGAGUCAUGCUCCGUAACGAAUUAGAUAGCUGGCAUAGACGAGAAUACAACUAUCUGCACAUCAUGACCUAUUUGUGUUCUCUCGAAAACCCAGGAGAGCAGCGCCGAGCUUGUGGGGCAAUGGGUGAACAUUCCCGAAGGCAUCGCGGGAGAAAAGGGUGUGGCUGCGGAUGCAGGAGGGACCGCGAAUGGGUCGGUUUUGACGCCUAGUGCAAGCUUGGUGGCUGGUCGCAGGGCUAACGGCAAUACUCUCUUAAACAACACAACAAUGAUGAAUAACACCACUUUGGUGGAAGCUAGUACAAUAGAUGUAGCGCCGAGUACGGUCGCCCCUGCUCCUCCGCCCCCGGCGAGCAAAAUACUACAAGAUCCGCUGCUCGAAGUCUCGAGGCUCCUGGGAGUUACAUCUAGCGAUCCAAAGUCGAAAAGCCUUGCCUACUGGCUUAACGAGGAAAAGAUAGUUUUUGCGUCUUCCACGGCUCUCGUCGUGCUCAACGUAAUAUAACUGUCUAUACUCCUGCAUGCAACACCAACACAAAAUACAAAGUCCUCUUUUAUUCUCUAGACUUUAGGUGAUCCAGUUCCAGACAACCAAUGUACAUGUUGUAGUACUUAUCUUUCAAACGGACGAUGGUAGUAACUAAGCGAAAGAGGUCCGGUAAGUAUGAAUCAACUUUCUCUCCAGCAUUUGGCAACUGGAUGUUUUUUUACAUUUUCGCUUACAGAUUAAGGAGCCCGAUCGUUCAACGCCGGUGUGUCUCUUUGGGCAUAGUCGGCCCAUUGCACUGUUACAAAUAAGUCCGCAGCAGGACUGGAUCGCGAGUGUGCAACAAGGAGGAGGCGGGGAGUCGCCGAGCUUACGACUUUGGUUUGCGGGGAAAAACGCGAUGCCCCGCUGUUACACUAUGCUCAGCUGCCCAUCUUUGCUAUUGGUCAAGGCCCUUACUUUCGACCCACUGAGCAAAUAUGUGGCGGUACUACUAGAAGUUUGUGGUAGGAAGGAGAGAUUUUACGAGCUUGCUGCAUUGAUUGUGGUCUAAAGGAUUUCCAAAGUAGAACUCAUGUUUCCUGGUAAGCAGAGACCGUGGUCUUCAAAAUAAACAAAACAUUUUUCCAGAUUGCCGGUCUCGACACGCAGAAGCGGCAGCAAAUUUUCGUGUGGGACAUAUCUCGAUUGACUAAAGGCGGUAGCGCUACGCUAUGUGGUAGGCAGAUGUCCGACUGGGACUUGAAUGCGCUUCAUUUUAGUCCUUACGAGGAUCUGAAGCUGCUCUCGUGUGGUAAGGAAAACAUUCGUUUUUGGCGUCUCAAAGACGCUCACUUACCGGGACAGUCGGUCACACUAAACUCGUUGGCACGCGGCACCAUGUUCGUCGAUCUCUGCUUUGAGGCUAAUCGGGCGGCAGCGGGAACCGGUUUCCUUGGUACUUCCAUUUUCUGUUGAAGAGGAGUAAGACUACUGCGCUAGUAGCAAAUGAAAUGUGCUUGUUAGUAGAAGUCGUUCGGUCCUUGUUAGGAGUGGACCACCCUAGACGGCAUUGCACAUGUUCCGAUAGAAACUUCAUUCUCCAGAAAAUCCAAUUGUUACAACACGUCAACACCAGGUGAGGAGAGCCUCGGUUACAACCACAAGGUCUUUGUGGCUACCGCACAAGGCGAGGUGUGCGUGGUGAGCUACCGUGAGCGUUCUGUGCUGAUGUUGCAUAAGCUGCACUCCACGCCAAUCGUUGCCAUCGCCGCAACAGAGAGUUUUUGCGUGACCGCUGCUGAGGACCGGUAUAUUCGUGUCUGCCCACUGGAUUUUCAGUGUUUUGUCCUACACUGCAUGCAUGAAGCCACGCCGAAGGGCUUGGAUUUGACGCCGGACGGCAGUAGGGUGUUGUCCUACACAGCAGACGGCACGAUCGGGGUUUUGGAUAUGAACACGCAGGCCUUCGACGUGGUGCAUCGGUCGCACGCUUCUCAGAUUGCCGAUGCAGCAGCCUCGGUUCUCUACGAGGAGCUCGUUACGGUGACAAAGGACGGCUUCAUAAAAAUCUGGAACCUUAACACGAUGCGACAACAUACGGAAUUCUUUUCUGGUACGCAAAAGUAGCACUGUUUGGUACUUGGUGUAAAUAGAUGAACUUGACGAGGAUUACUUUUUUUACAAUAUCCAAGAUAGAAGGAAAUUUAUUUAUUAUGUCGGAUCGAUAUAGGCUGAAGCUUCUAAAUGAAUUGAUUCAGUUUAUGCUGCUUAUGUCAAAGGUACCGAUAGUCCGUGUUGUGUCGGAUGCCACCCGAAGAAGCAUUUGAUUGCCGUCGGGUUUGAGUCAGGAACUUUGCGGCUGUUCGAUGUCGACGGACCGAACGUGCUGUGUGAAUUCGUUAAUUUCCGACUCCCGAUAAAGUCGCUAGCUUUUGCAGAGACCGACACGGCCAACCAGAGCGUGAUUAUUACGUGCGACUCGAAGGGCUCAAUCGUUUUGUAUGAUGAGGAGCAGAAUUUUCAGCCGUCGCGCAACCCAGAUCUCUUUUCCGGAGUACAGGAACCGCCACCAGCGAAUUGCGCAUUUUUCAAACUUGCGAACUCGCACCGUUUACUACUGAAGUAUUACGACACGCGCACGCUCGCACUGUUUAGCUUUAAAGAGUUG